UAUCCCUGCAAAAGGAAGGAAGACCAAGGUGUCCCUCUACCAAAAUACCUGUGAGCUGUUUCACUGCGCUGCAGCAACCUGGAUUGGACUCACCUCACGCGGGUCAAAAUAGGAGAGUGUGAGCAGGUGUUCCAGGUAGCCAACAUGUCGGUAGACAAACAGACCGCUGCUGCUCGAGUGGCCCAGCUGCCCCUGGUACGCUCUGCCUACGCCAGGCUGUCGGUGUUGUACACGGAUACCAAAAGCAGCGACGCCAGACUGAAACGUGUUUGUGAGGGCCUGGAGAGCAGCGUGACCGUGUUGGGUUCGACGGCUAUUCGCCGAGUGUCACCAGUCAUCUCUAAGCUGAAACCGCAAGUUUCCUUUGCCAAUGAUGUUGCUUGCAAAAGUCUGGAUUGGUUAGAGGCAACCUUCCCUGUGCUGCACACACCCACUGACCAGCUUGUGGAUGAUGUUAGGAUUAAGGUGCUGGAGGUGCAGGAUGCGGUGACCAUUGUGGCACAUGGAACUGUGGACUGUGUGCAGCAUGCAGUGUCAGGUAUCAUGGUGAGGGUGCAGCAACCAGAUGAGACGCUGGUGGGAAGAGCUGUCACUGCGUCCAGCAUGGGACUGACUUCUGCACUGAAUGUAUCUGAAGCUCUGGUGAAUCGUAUGCUACCACCUCCAGCGGAAGACAAAAGUAGAAGAGGUCGUCUUAGUUGAAGGUUCUAAUGCAGCUGCGUACGAGAGGAAGUACUCGGUGCGGCUGAUGACACUUUCCAUCACGCUGUGCAGGAGAACUAUCCAGCUGGCCGGAGCCAAGAUGCAUUCUGCUCAGAUCAUGGAGGCUCUUUCCACAUCUUCAGGUCAGCGUCGUAUCUUGCAGUCAAGCUGGCUGGCCCUGACAUGGAGUUUGGAGCAGCUCCCAUUAAAUCUACAGCAACAGAUAGUGUCAGCAUUCUUCUACUUCACAGAAAUGUACAACUUAAGAGUCACCCAACAGAGCGGCUCCAACCAAGAUAGUGUGCGCAACAGUGCAGCCGCACCACCAGAGGCAAGUCUAACUCCACUUGGGGGCAGCAGGAAUAGUCCCCAGCCAAAUUCUAACUGGCGAGCGAGGAGACCCGCCAGCAUGUCUGUGAUUGAGAGCCGACUGAGCUCAUCAGGAAAAGGAGUGGGCAUCGUUGACUGAUUUCACUGAGUGGUUGGUGUACAAGUUUAUGUAAAUAAAGGCAAUUUAAAAUUGA